AUGUCAUCCUACACCAAGUUCCUUAAAGAAAUUCUUUCAAAGAAAAGAAAGCUGAAAGACUAUGAGACUGUUGCUCUUAUAGAGGAAUGCAGCGCCAUACUGCAAAACAAGCUAUCACCAAAGCUGAAGGAUCCAGAAAGCUUCUCCAUACCUUGUCUUAUUGGCAACAUGAUUAUAGACAAAGCACUCUAUGACCUAGGUGCAAGUGUAAGUCUGAUGCCUCUGUCAAUAUGUAAGAAGUUGGAUGUAGGAGAGCUUAAACCCAUAAUAAUUUCACUGCAAUUAGUUGAUCGGUCUGUAAAGUACCCUGUGGGCAUCCUAGAAAAUAUCCCUAUUAAGGUGGGAAAGUUCUUCAUCCCAAUUGAUUUUGUUGUUAUGGAAAUGGAGGAAGACGUCCAAAUUCCUAUUAUCCUGGGAAGACCUUUCUUGGCAACCGUCGAAGCUAUCAUAGAUGUUAAGAAUGGGCGGUUAAAUCUCAAGAUAGGAGAUGAAAAAGUGGAAUUCAACCUCUUCAUAACAAUGAAGCACAAACUUGAACUUGAUGAAUGCCUAAAGGUUGAUAUAGUUGACAAGCUAGUUGAAGAGGAAUUUCACAAAGCACACCCUGAAGAUCCUCUUGAAGCAUGCAUAGUGCACAGCCACACAUCAGAUAAUGAGAACACAAAAACUAUAGCUUAUGCAUAA